AUGGAGCCAGAAGUCAUAAUAGUUGAAAUCAAUGGAACAGGCAAAUACAAGGUGUUUUCGACUGGCGUUUUAUUUGUAGAGUGCACAAAGGAAGAAGUGCUGCAGCACUUUGAUGGGAAGCUGCACAUGUUCAUUUUGGUAAACAGCAACAUUGAUAAGAGCACAAUCCGCAAAAUCUCCGGAUACUUCUUUGAGAACUCCCAGCUCGAGUCUAUGUCUGUCAUGUACUCUUCUGUGUCCACGUCUCUUGCCCUGGGGGUGCAAAGCCUUAUCUCCAUCAGCAUAGAGAACGGCCCAGACAACUGCGUGUCUUGGUCGGUUGACCUCGUAUACAAGUGCAGCUUGAUCACUGCACACUCGUACACCGGCGUGUCUGCAUACGACGUGUUCGUAGACAAAAUGCUCGACAUGCUGCACGAGCCUGUCUAUAAAGAAAAGACUGCGAAUGUGCACAUAAAGGGAGACCCAGAGCUGGUCAAAAAGGCAACUGCGGAGCUUCUCGGGCGGAACGUUGCUUUCGUGCCGGAAGAGGACCCGCUAGAGGACGUUGCAGAGGACGGAUACCGCCUGGUCCAGUUUCCCAAGUACUUCACAGCCUACAUGCCCCACAACUUGCUUCCAGACUCCAACAUUGCGUAUGUUGGGGCUGUGCUUACUAUAAUGAUAAACUACUUUGAAAUCAAAGAGGUGCACAUGCGAGAGGACUUUGAAGUGGGCCACACCAAAUAUCUGCUUCUAAACUGA